AUGACCUUGUCGAACAAGGCUACGGCCCUUGUGGCCCUCGCCUGCGCUCUCUUUCCCCUCGACACAACAGCCCAAGCCAAAGGUCCUUACGAAGCAACAUGGGAAUCAACCGACAAACACCACGCCGCCCCAGAAUGGUACCGCGAUGCCAAAUUCGGCGUCUACUGGCACUGGGGAGCCUUCACCACAGCGCAAUACGCCAGUGAAUGGUAUCCACGCAACAUGUACGAGCCUGACUCGGACCAGAAGAAGCACCAUACAGAAACUUACGGACCCCCUGAAGAAUGGGGUUACGAGAACUUUAUCAAAGGUGCCAAGGAUAAGAAGGGCAACUUUGUGCAGUUCAAGCCUGUUCUUAAAUCUCAGGGUGGGGAAUUCGAUCCUGAGGCUAUCAUGAAGGUCGUUAAAGCUUCCGGUGCGAGAUUUGCUGGACCUGUUGCUGAGCAUCAUGAUGGGUACUCUAUGUGGGAUAGCAAGGUCAACGAGUGGAAUUCGGUCAAGUAUGGUCCCAAGCUGGAUUUGGUCAAGCUUUGGGCGGAUCUCGUACGCAAGAACGAUAUGAAACUUGUUGUUGCGAUGCAUCAGGCCUACAACUACAAUGGCUUCUUCCAAUGGGCGCCGAAGACAAACGACACAAGCCUGCAGAAGCUGCUAGGUCAGCUACCUCGCGAGGAGGAGGACCAGCUCUGGUUCGACAAGCACCGUGAAAUGCUAGAUCAUGUCAAGCCUGACAUUAUCUGGAAUGACUUCUCGCUCGACAGCCCUGGUGAAUGCGGCAGUGCUGAGGGCCCCUGUGCGGUGGAUGAGCAGAAACGCCUCGAGUUCCUCGCCUACUACUUCAACCGCGGCGAGGAAUGGGGCAAGGAAGUAGUCACCACCUACAAGCACCACGACCAUGGCUUCCGCAACACCUCAGCCGUAGAUGACUGGGAACGCGGUGGCCCUGCCAACCUCGUCCGUCCAUACUGGCAGACUGACGACGCUAUCAGCGCUUCAAGCUGGAGUUACACCGUCGGUAUCAAAUAUUACAGCUCGAAGGCCAUGGUGCACUCUUUGAUCGAUCGUGUCAGCAAGAACGGUAAUAUGCUGUUGAAUAUCUCGCCCAAGGCUAAUGGUGUUCUGCCUGAGGAGCAGAUUGAGGUUUUGGAAGAUAUUGGUGCCUUCUUGGGUCGUUACGGUGAAGCUAUUUAUGAUACCCGAGCUUGGGACCUUUACGGUGAGGGACCGAAUCAAGUUGAAGGUGGUGCUUUUACUGCUCCUUUGCAGGGAAACAGCAGCGAUAUUCGCUUCACGCGUAACCAAGAUGAUGAUGUUCUCUACGUUACUGUUCUUGGCUGGCCUGAAGAUAAGCUUGUGUCUAUCCAGGCUCUUGGCUCAGAUACUCUAGUUGACCUCAAGUCUCUCAAGUCCAUCGAGCUUCUCGGCAACAAGGCAGGCGAUUACGUCAAGGUUCCAGAUUGGGACCAAGGCAAGGAUGCUUUGGAGAUCACCCUCCCAUCUCAACCUGCCGAGUCACUAGCCUACGUCCUCAAGAUGACCUUUGACGGUGGAAUCCCCGUGCCUCUGCCCAAAGGUGGUGCAGCGGUUUUCUCCGGUUCUGAUGCAACGGGUACUGGUGUUUCUCUCGCGGCAGGCACUUUCGAUACCGUGUUUUUAACUGAGGCUGGACUUGAGCCUAAGAAGAUUGGUUCUAUUCUUGUGGCGGAAGGUACCAAGGCUACUAUCUUUACGGGGUUCAGAUUUACUGGGGAGAGCACGGAGCUCAAGGCUGGUGAGCACAAGCUUGAUGCGGGAUCUGUUGGCUCCAUUGUGAUUGCGAAGGCUUGA